CUUAGUCUGCUGCUGUUGUGCUGUAACCAUGAUGCUCCAGGCGGCUGUGCUCAGUGUCCUCUUCUUCUCUGUCCACAGUUUUACUAUACAGGCUUCUUUUGCAAAGUGCAACACCACUGAAGAUGACGAUUUCAGUGUGUCCAUGCUGUUGCAGAAGGCCAAUGUUAAUCUUGGAAAGAACUUUGAUGACCCUCUGGUGUUAUUUGGAGACAUAGCAGUGCCAACAGGUCUUCAGAACGCUGAUCCCUGCACAGCACGAGGCUGCCUGUGGCCUAAAUCCUCCAACGGCAACGUCUAUGUACCCUACCGCAUCUCCAAUGAGUACUCCACACGAGAGAGAAAAAUCAUCGUCCAAGCCCUGCAGUCAUUUGCUCAGUGCACUUGCAUCCGCUUCACCCCCUUGACUAAUGGACAGGAGGACUUUAUUGACAUCAAGUGUCGCGAAGGGUGUUACUCAUUUGUUGGGCGUCGUGGUAAUGGCCAGGUACUGUCUUUGAAACGUCCGGGCUGUGUUUACCACAAUGUCAUCCAACACGAGCUGCUCCACGCCCUGGGCUUCAACCAUGAACAGACUCGGUCCGACAGGGACCAGCAUGUUCGCAUCCUGCUGGAGAACGUCGAGCCUGGAAAGGAGCACAAUUUCAGGAAGAUCGAAACAAGGAACCUUGGCACUCCCUAUGACUAUGGCUCUAUCAUGCACUAUGGAAGGUAUGACUUCUCUAAGAACUGUCAGCCAACCAUCAUUCCCAUCCCCAACAAAAAUGUAGCCAUUGGCAGAGCCACCCAGAUGAGUCCGACUGACAUCCGUCGGGUGAACCUCCUGUAUGGCUGCAAAUGGACUGCUUCCAGACGUCACCUGAAACCUGUGCAAAGAAAGCGCUUCCUCUAGAAAUGAAAGAAAUCCAGAGCAAAUGAGGCAAACUGAUGCAACGUUGUACAAGCAACACCAGAAAUGCAUCUAGUGCUUAACGAAUGUGCUUUGAUUCAGAAUUUGAUCAAAUUAGCUUGCAUGCUGUCCUAAUGAGAAAUGAGGUGUCCAGUGACAUCAUCACAAAUUUACACUUACACAAAUAACUGCUUGUGAGCUUGAUUAUUUACUAAUAAAUAAACCAUGCUUAUUCACAUCAUAACCUCA